GUCUUGUGUCUGUUUCUUUUUGCAGAGCAGAUUGAUCUGUGUCGUCUGAAUGAUAUCCAUCACACCCAGAGAAGUGCUACUCAACAUUUUGUGCGAGACUGUGUAUCCUUGAAGCGCAGCCGUCUCCGUGGGAGCGAUGAAUGUGGCCUUCUGCGGCGACAACUCCUCUGCCUACGACAUCAGCCACGGCUUCUUAAGGAACGUCUGCUUUCUAGAUGCCCUCAACUUGGUACCUCAUGUUUUCCUCUUAUUUAUCACCUUUCCUAUAUUGUUCAUUGGAUGGGGGAGCCAAAGCUCAAAGGUUCAGAUCCAUCACAACACAUGGCUGCACUUCCCCGGACACAAUCUGCGAUGGAUCCUGACAUUCACCCUCCUGUUUGUCCACGUGUGUGAAAUAGGCGAGGGCAUCGUUUCAGAUACACGGUUAGAAGCUCGCCAUUUGCAUCUCUUCCUUCCUGCUAUAAUGGGAUUUGUAGCCGCUACCACAUCUAUAGUGUAUUACCACAAUAUUGAGACAUCCAAUUUCCCAAAGCUGCUUCUGGCUCUCUUUCUGUACUGGAUCAUGGCCUUCAUCACCAAAACGAUCAAGCUGGUCCGAUACUGCCAAGAAGCGAUCUCCUUUGGCCAGCUGCGUUUCUGUAUCACCGGAAUCAUGGUCGUCCUGUACGGAUUGCUAAUGGCGGUGGAGAUCAAUGUGAUACGCGUGAGGAAAUACGUCUUCUUCCCGAACCCUCAGAAGGUGAAGCCUCCUGAAGAUCUUCAGGAUUUGGGUGUGAGGUUCCUCCAGCCAUUCGUCAACUUGGUUUCCAAGGCCACAUACUGGUGGAUGAACACGCUUAUCAUAUCGGCUCACAAGAAGCCCAUUGACCUGAAGGCCAUCGGGAAGCUGCCCAUAGCAAUGCGAGCUCUGACAAACUAUGUCUGCUUGAAAGAUGCCUACGAGGAGCAAAAGAAAAGAGUGGCCAGUCAUCCGAACCGUGUCCCAUCCAUCUGGCUCGCCAUAUAUCGGGCUUUUGGGCGGCCAAUCCUUCUCAGCAGUACGUUCCGUUAUUUAGCUGACCUUCUGGGGUUUGCUGGACCACUCUGCAUUUCUGGCAUCAUUCACAGUUUCUCCAUUGAGAACCAAACUAAGACAAACAAUAAUGAGACUGGCAAUACCACAGAAGCAAGUGAACAUACUAUAGAACCAUUCCUGACCUCCAGUGACUUCCUCAAAACCAAUUAUGUACUGGCAGUGCUCCUUUUCCUGGCCCUCAUUUUGCAAAGGACAUUCCUGCAGGCCUCUUACUAUGUUGCCAUAGAAACCGGCAUCAACCUCCGUGGGGCUUUACUGGCAAUGAUUUAUAACAAGAUCCUGAGACUUUCCACCUCCAACUUGUCCAUGGGAGAGAUGACCCUGGGGCAGAUCAAUAACUUGGUUGCAAUCGAAACAAAUCAACUCAUGUGGUUCUUGUUCCUGUGUCCCAACCUAUGGGCUAUGCCUGUUCAGAUCAUCAUGGGUGUGAUUCUGCUUUACUACUUACUUGGAUUCAGCGCCUUGGUUGGUGCUGCCGUCAUCGUCCUGCUGGCUCCGAUACAAUACUUCAUCGCGACAGAGCUGGCGGAAGCUCAGAAGAGCACCCUUGACUAUUCUACAGAGAGGCUGAAGAAAACCAAUGAAAUACUGAAAGGCAUAAAAUUGUUAAAACUGUAUGCUUGGGAAAACAUAUUCUGUAGAAGCGUGGAGGACACAAGGAUGAAGGAGCUUACAAGCCUCAAAACCUUUGCUCUCUACACAUCUCUCUCCAUUUUCAUGAAUGCAGCCAUUCCAAUCGCAGCUGUUCUUGCGACUUUUGUGACCUACACGUAUGCCGAAGAAGAAAAACUAACAACAGCACAGGCCUUUGCUUCUCUCUCACUGUUUCACAUCCUGGUUACGCCACUGUUCCUGCUCUCCACAGUUGUCAGAUUUGCUGUGAAGGCCAUCAUUAGUGUGCAAAAACUGAAUGAAUUUCUCGUAAGUGAUGAAAUUGGGGACGACAGCUGGAGGAACGGGGACAGUGCCUUAGCAUACGAACCUUGCAAGAAGCACUCUGGAGUUCACCCCAAAGUUAUAAAUCGGAAGCAGCCCUUGAGACAUCAGCUGGACAGCUGUGAGCAGCCACUAAGAAUAUCAAUGCAUCAUACAGACAUAGAUAGCUGUGCUAUCAAGGUAAUCAAUGGCUACUUCUCAUGGGGAAGUGAUGUAGCUACCUUAUCCAACAUUAAUAUCCGAAUUCCAACAGGCCAAAUGACGAUGAUCGUCGGUCAGGUAGGCUGUGGGAAAUCAUCACUUCUUCUUGCUAUCCUUGGUGAGAUGCAGACCUUAGAAGGCAAAGUUCAUUGGAGCCGUGCAAAUGAAACUGAGUCUUCUAUUGAAGCAAACCGGAGGAACCGAUACUCGGUGGCUUAUGCUGCCCAGAAACCGUGGCUACUGAACGCUACAGUGGAAGAAAAUAUUACUUUCGGGAGCACGUUUAAUAAACAGAGGUACAAAGCAGUCACAGACACAUGUUCUCUGCAGCCCGACAUUGACCUGUUGCCCUUUGGAGAUCAGACAGAGAUUGGAGAAAGGGGAAUUAACUUGAGUGGAGGCCAACGGCAACGCAUCUGUGUCGCUCGAGCGCUCUACCAAAACACCAACAUUGUCUUCCUGGAUGACCCAUUUUCUGCCUUGGACAUUCACCUGAGUGAUCACCUGAUGCAAGAAGGUAUCCUGAAGUUCCUUAAGGAGGACAAAAGGACCCUUGUAUUAGUGACUCAUAAACUCCAGUACCUGCCACAUGCUGACUGGAUCAUUGCCAUGAAAGAUGGGACUGUCCAUAGAGAAGGGACACUGAAAGACAUCCAGACUAAAGAUGUUGAGCUAUAUGAACACUGGAAAACCCUGAUGAAUCGCCAAGACCAGGAAUUAGAAAAGGAUUUGGAAACGGACCAAACCACUCUGGAAAGGAAGACCCUUCGAAGAGCUAUGUACCCCAGAGAAUCUAAAGCACAGCUAGAGGACGAGGAUGAAGAGGAAGAAGAAGAGGAAGAGGAAGAUGACAACAUGUCAACAGUAAUGCGCCUCAGAACAAAGAUGCCAUGGAAAACCUGCUGGCUUUAUCUCACCUCGGGAGGGUUCCUCCUGCUCUCCUUGAUGAUCUUCUCCAAACUCCUGAAGCACUCUGUCAUGGUCGCGCUCGAUUAUUGGUUGGCUCAGUGGACGUCAAAGAAUGAAAGUCAGGCCUUGUGUCCCGCAGAGGAACCUACUGGGAAGAGUUGCAAUGUAGCCGUGUUCACCACCCUUAGUGGUGCAGGAAUUGUCCUUUGCCUAGUCACAUCUUUGACAGUUGAAUGGAUGGGCCUCACAGCUGCCAAGAACCUUCACCACGAUCUCCUCAACAAGAUCAUCCUUGGACCAAUCAGAUUCUUUGACACAACACCCCUGGGGCUGAUUCUAAAUCGAUUUUCUGCUGAUACCAAUAUUAUCGAUCAGCACAUUCCCCCAACCUUGGAGUCUCUCUCGCGAUCCACUUUGCUCUGCCUUUCCGCAAUUGGGAUGAUUUCUUAUGCCACUCCAGUGUUUCUGCUUGCCCUUGUGCCUCUUGGGAUCGCCUUUUAUUUCAUUCAGAAGUACUUCCGCGUUGCAUCCAGGGACCUCCAGGAGCUGGACGACAGCACGCAGCUACCUCUGCUCUGCCACUUCUCGGAGACAGCGGAGGGCCUCACCACCAUCCGAGCGUUCAGGCAUGAACCCAGAUUUAAACAGCGUAUGUUGGAACUGACGGACACAAACAACAUUGCAUACUUAUUCCUUUCCGCUGCCAACAGAUGGCUGGAGGUCAGGACGGAUUAUCUGGGUGCUUUCAUUGUUCUCAUUGCAGCCGUGGCCGCCAUUUCUGAAAAGUCUACUUCUGGCCUCGUAGGAUUGGGUCUCCUCUAUGCACUGACAAUCACAAAUUAUUUGAAUUGGGUGGUGAGAAAUUUGGCUGACCUGGAAGUGCAAAUGGGUGCAGUGAGGAAGGUGAACAGUUUCCUCAGCAUGGAGUCUGAGAACUAUGACGGCACCAUGGAUAUUUCUCAAGUCCCCAAGGACUGGCCGCAAGAAGGAGAAAUCAAGAUUGAAAAUCUGUGUGUCCGAUAUGAAAACAAUCUGAAGCCCGUUCUCAAGCACGUCAAAGCUUACAUCAAGCCAGGACAGAAGGUUGGGAUCUGCGGUCGCACCGGGAGUGGGAAAUCGUCGCUGUCCUUGGCUUUCUUCCGGAUGGUAGACAUAUUUGAUGGGAGGAUCAUUAUCGAUGGGAUCGACAUUUCAAAGCUGCCGCUUGAUCUGCUGCGCUCCAGGCUGUCCAUAAUCCUCCAGGAUCCCAUCCUGUUCAGUGGUUCCAUUCGCUUUAACCUGGAUCCCGACUGCAAAUGUACAGAUGACACACUUUGGGAAGCUCUGGAGAUUGCCCAGUUGAAGAACAUGGUCAAGUCUCUGCCAGGGGGUCUAGAUGCUAUAGUAACCGAAGGAGGGGAGAACUUCAGCGUCGGUCAGCGGCAGCUCUUCUGCUUGGCCAGAGCCUUCGUACGCAAGAGCAGCAUCCUCAUCAUGGAUGAAGCCACAGCAUCCAUCGAUAUGGCCACAGAAAACAUUUUGCAGAAGGUUGUGAUGACUGCCUUUGCAGACCGCACAGUGGUAAUAAUCGCUCACCGGGUCUCUCACAUCCUGGAUGCGGACAUUGUCUUAGUUCUCUCUGAUGGCUUCCUCAUUGAGUGCGACACAGCAGCUAACUUGCUCCUCAAAGAGGAUGGCCUUUUCACCACUUUGGUAAAGACGAACAAAUAAGAACCCCUGGCCCAGGAUUCCUGCAGCAUUUCUGGCUUUCUGCAUCGGGUCCACACCAUCCUGACUGCAGACCUGGUCAUUGUGAUGAAACGAGGAAUCAUUUUGGAAAAUGACACCCCCGAGAACCUCCUGGCUCAAGAGGAAAGCAUCUUUGCAUCUUUUG